UUAAACUACGCUCUCCCCACUAACUAAAUCCUUCGAUGCAACUCACCGCGCAAACUGCCGAAUCCCCGUCCAAACUCCACGUUUUCGCGCCGCCGGCUAAGCGGCACGAUGGCGGAAACCCAUCCGCUCCGGCCACUGUGACGAUGUGGUUGGUGGCAGACUGGGGUUGAUCAUGGAAAAGGGUCACUUUCUCUAUUAUUAAUGCUUUGUAUUUUGCGAGCGCAGGCGACUUGGACUAGUUCUGCUUCCUUUUUAGAGUGUCGGGUUGGGACGUGAAUCUCACUUCUUGCUAUCACUAUCGACCUCUCGCGUUUGCUUUUGCGAGGGACAUGCAGUCGCCGCUGUAUAGGAUCUAGGUCUGCCCGUUCGCCCGCAUUUGCUCGCUCGAGGAAUACCUACAGCCCCAGCGCCCAACAUGUCGCGCUCCUCGGUCUCGGAGGAGGUGGAGAAGCACGAGCUCGAGAAGGAGGCGAGCCACUCGCAUGUCAACGAGCAGGGCGACGACCUCGAGCCAUCCUCUUCCGCCACGCGCUCUAUGCAUGACAACGACGUCGAGAAAGACGGGGCGACGCUGACGCUUGUGGAGUCGAAGCCCUCCAUCAGCAAUGUCAAGUCGGUGCCGAAUGGCGGCACCAAGGCCUGGCUGCAGGUUUGCGGCGCGUUUUUCGUCUUCUUCAAUACUUGGGGCAUCCUCAAUUCGUUCGGCAUCUACCAGACAUUCUACGAGGCAGACCUCCUCCGCACCUCCAGCCCGAGUGACAUCAGCUGGAUCGGGUCGAUCGAGGCGUUUGCACUGCUCUUCGCCGGCCUGGUGACGGGCCCCAUCUACGACAAAGGCUACGCGCACGAGCUCCUCCUCGUCGGCUCCUUCCUCAUCGUGCUCGGGCAGAUGAUGAUCGGCCUGUGCCACGAGUACUGGCAAGUCUUCCUCGCGCAGGGCAUCUGCCUCGGCAUCGGCAUGGGGUGUCUCUUCGUCAGCGCCGUCGCCAUCCUCUCCACCUACUUCACCACCAAACUCGCCACCGCGACGGGGCUCGCGGCCGCGGGGAGCAGUAUCGGCGGCAUGCUGUAUCCCAUCAUCUUCCACAAGCUGCAGCCGCACAUUGGCUUUCCUUGGACCACGCGGGUGCUAGGCUUCAUCACCCUCGCCACUCUCGCUGUGUCCAACAUUGUCCUCCGCGUGCGCGUCAUCCCCGCUACGCGCAGGAAGUUCUUCGACUUUCCGGCGUGGAAGGAGGCGCCGUAUGUCUGCUUUACCCUCGGGACCACCAUCGCUUUUAUUGGAUUAUAUGCUCCAUUUUACUACAUCCAGCUGUACUGUUUGCAAACGAAGAUCAUGGAUGCGAAUCUAGCGUUCUAUACCCUCGCCGUGCUCAACGCAGCCAGCACAUUCGGCCGAAUCAUCCCCAACUUAAUCGCCGACCACAUCGGGCCCCUCAACGUCCUCCUCCCCUGCGCCUUCGUCUGCGGCAUCCUGCAAUACUGCCUCAUCGUCACCCGCUCCACCGCGUCCGUGAUGGUCGUCAUCGCGCUCUACGGCUUCUUCUCCGGCACGCUCGUCAGCCUGCCGGGCACCAUCUACGUGCACCUCGCGGGGCCCAAGAACCGCAGCCUCAUCGGCACGCGCAUGGGCAUGGGAUUUGCGAUCGCGGGUUUCGGCGUGUUGAUUGGCACGCCGGUGUCCGGGGCGAUUUUGAAUGCGACCAAGUUUGAGUAUGUGUGGAUUUUUGGGGGGACGGCGCUGAUUAUUGCGUCGGUUUUGUUGGCGCUUACGAGGCUUACGCAGGGACAGUGGAAGCUUUGGGUGAAGGUGUGAGGGAGAUACAUUGAGGGAUCAUGUCUUGAAUAUUAGCAUAUGCAUAUCAUGGAACGAACAUUUGUCACGUGGCUAGCAGCACCAGCACGACUAGAUGACGACUUGGCACGUCGACUGUCUCAGCUGCGGGAUAGUUCGCCCCGGAUUCAAUGCAAUAUCUCCGAACAGUGGAGUGGGUGACAGACAGAUGUUGAACAACCGGAUGAUCGGUUGAGUACGGUAUAGCAGUGGGGCGGACAUGUGAUGAUGACAAGUGGCAAACCGUGGAUAUUCGUAUUCGUCGUUAAUGGUGGGGGCCGACA